ACAAAACAAAAUAAUAAAAAAGAGUGAAAAUGUCAUCGUCGGCGAAUGUGAAUAAUAAUCAACAACAACAACCACAACAACAAAAAGAGAGUCCAAGUCGCGACUCAACCGCAUCGACAUCGGGACACAUCUCGAUGAUGGCGGAGAAUACGCUUGAAUCGCUGUCGCGUGAUUACAGUUUGGCCAGCCUCAAUUCGGCUGGCAGCCAGGACGAGUUCUUUCGGUGUCGCGAUCAUGCGGACAGCGUUCUCAAGCGCAUGCAACUCUAUGUUGACAGCCAGCAGCUGUGCGAUGUGGUGCUCAUCGCUGGCACCGAUGGCAAGCGUGUGCCCGCUCAUCGAUUGGUGCUAUCUGCGUCUAGCGCAUACUUUUCGGCCAUGUUCACGGGAUCGCUGCGCGAGACGAAGGAACAUGAGGUGACGCUGGGCGAGGUGAACGGAGAUGCGCUGCAGCUGCUGGUGCAGUAUUGCUACACAGGAUUCAUCGAGUUGCGCGAGGAUACGGUGGAGACGCUGCUCGCCACCGCAUGUCUGUUGCAGCUGAAUGCUGUGGUCACCGCAUGCUGCAACUUUUUGGCCCGCCAACUGCAUCCGUCCAAUUGUUUGGGCUUUGCAUUCUUUGCGGAACAACAGAGCUGCACGACACUGUUGCGUUUGGCCCAGGCGUAUACGUGUCAGUAUUUCAUGCAAGUGUGCCAGAAUCAGGAGUUCUUUCAGCUGAAUGCCGAUCAAUUGGGCAAGCUGCUGUGCAGCGAUGAUCUCAACGUACCCUCCGAACAGGAUGUCUUCCACAGUCUGAUGUCAUGGGUGCGUCACGAUGCCCCCAAUCGGGAGCAGCACAUUGCCGAGCUGUUGGCCCUCGUGCGUCUGCCGUUGCUGCAGCCCGCCUUCAUCAUGGACCAUGUGGAGAACGUGUGCAGCUCGAACGAAUGCCAGCAACUGGUGAUGGAGGCCUUCAAAUGGCAUCUCAUGCCCGAACGUCGAUCGAGAACCGAACGCACAACGCCACGCAAAUCGACUGUGGGACGUCUGUUGGCCGUUGGUGGAAUGGAUGUGCACAAGGGCGCCAUUAGCAUUGAGAGCUAUUGUCCGCGACUCGACAAAUGGACGCCCUGGAAGCAUAUGACCGGACGUCGUUUGCAAUUCGGUGCCGCUGUCAUGGAGGAUAAAUUGAUAUUGGUCGGUGGUCGGGAUGGGCUCAAAACGUUGAAUACGGUGGAGAGCUUGGACUUGAAUACGAUGGCAUGGGCACCCCUGAAUCCGAUGGCAACGCCACGACAUGGUCUCGGUGUUGCGGUGCUUGAGGGACCUCUGUAUGCGGUCGGUGGACACGAUGGCUGGAGUUACCUGAACACAGUGGAACGCUGGGAUCCUGUGACACGCAGCUGGAGCUAUGUGGCGCCCAUGUCAUCGAUGCGUUCCACAGCUGGCGUUGCGGUGCUCGGCGGUCGUCUCUAUGCGGUGGGCGGACGCGAUGGCACCGUCUGUCAUCGUUCCAUCGAGUGCUACGAUCCGCAUACCAACAAAUGGACUCUCCUCGCUCCAAUGAAUCAACGUCGCGGCGGCGUUGGCGUGACUGUGGCAAAUGGUUUUCUCUAUGCCCUGGGCGGUCAUGAUUGUCCGGCCAGCAAUCCGAUGGUGAGUCGCACCGAAACUGUGGAACGAUACGAUCCAGUCAGCGAUACUUGGACAUUGAUCUGUUCGCUGUCAUUGGGACGUGAUGCAAUUGGUUGUGCUCUGUUGGGUGAUCGCUUGAUUGUCGUCGGCGGGUACGAUGGCAAGAACGCGUUGAAGAAUGUCGAGGAAUACGAUCCGGUGCGGAAUGGAUGGAAUGAAUUGGCGCCCAUGUCACUGCCCCGAGCUGGCGCAUGUGUUGUUGCCAUACCGAAUGUUAUUCCGCCAGCGGCUCCACAGCCGCCGGCCAGUGCUACAAAAAAGAAGAAGUGGAAGCCAGUUAGAUUGGAUCCAAUCUGCUAUUUGCGUCGUAGAUCCGUCGAAUUUGUCGACUACUAUCAUAUGUAAUUGUGAAAUAAAAAAUCAAAAAAACAAAACAAAAAACUAUAUAUGUAAAUUUAAGUAAACAAACAAACAAGUAAAGAAAUCAAAACAAACGAAAGCCUACACAAAAUGGUAACUUAACAAAAAAAAAAACCACAAAAAACAAAAACAUACAUGCAAGAA